AUGUCUAGCAGAGACUCACCCUCCAACCUUCCACCCUAUGCACCAGGGCCACGACCAGGCCAGAGAACUGUGGUGCGACCUCUCAACCCAAGAUACGCUGCAUCCGUUUCAGACACCGAAUCGAUUACCAGCGAUGACUCUUUACGAGAUUCUGGCUCUUCCCGUGCUUCAAUUUCCUCGGCAUCGAGUAUAAGCGGGGAUGACGAACAAGAACUCACACAGGGUCUCAAUAAUCUGACUCUUGUCAACACUGGUACCCCUGCUUUGCAAUGCAAGCCACAUGGGUCUAAGAAGGAGGCUGAAGAGAAACCAGCCGCUAACGGGGAUGCUUCCAAAUCUCCCAACCCUUCCGCCUUGCCAAAAAAUAAACCAGAUACAACAUCCAAAGCAGACCCGAAUAACGAUCAAGCCUCUGAGAUCUUGGGGGGGUUGCUUGGUAAAAGGUCGUAUGAUUCCGAAGUGGCUAGAACCGCUGGAAAUGAGACACUUGCUUGCUUCCCGAUAAUGUCAGGGCUUAAACCAUCGACGAAAUUCACAGCACCAUCACAAGUGACCAUCGAUGUUUCUGCCUGGCAGGCGGGAGUUCAGGUCAAGACGCACGGCCAUAACCACGGAAAGCAGGCAAGUUCCUUCAAUGGGCCGAGCGGUAAUGAUGGUGCCAGAGUCCCACCUAUCUAUCCUAAUCACGUCAAACCACCUGGUGAAUGGGGUAACAGAAAUCGACAAGGCGAUGAUGGUCCUGACGAGAGUAGCUGGGGCCGCGAAAACCGUGCCCUCCGGACGAAAAAGAGAAUUGCUUGUCCGGCUGCCAAGGGAGACCCAUUCAAUAAUCGAGCUUGUUUAGGCGUCUCUUUCCCCAAUCUUGCCAAAACAAGACAACAUCUGAGUUGCGCUGCCCACUUUGCUGUCGAGAAAACUCCACUACUUCCAGAUGAAAUCCGUGAUCCCAACGGUUGGGACGAGAUCAUGGCUUAUAUCUAUCCUGAGAAAGUUACCCCCUCGAGUGAUGAGGAUUUCCACCCAACAAUGGAUAUAAUCGAAAAAUGGGGAACGGGCCCAGGAAGGCCAGACUUCAGGUCCACAAUCAUACGUCUUCUCAAGCGUGCCGUCUAUGAGCCAGGCUACGGAGCGAAUGUCAUUAAUGAACUCGAAGCUAUUGACCCUAGUACAAAAGAAGAUCAUGACACAAACCAACCUUUGUCUUCUUUCUAUUCUUCUCUAUCGGACAUCUCGAGCUUUCAAUCUGGAGUCGGCACAGCCAAUUCUUCGCUAUUUGUCCCACACACAGGAUAUCACCUCAACAGCCCCGUCAACUCGGAACCAUCUCAGACUUUCGCAUCGACCUCUAUGAACACACCAAUCAGCGGUAGUAGCGGCUCCGCUUCUGCUGUUCUCCCUAGCUAUAAUUCCGGAGCCCUCCCAGGCACUACGAGUUUUGGCAACCAUAAUUUCUCGGGCUUUGCUGGCCAAUCAAACCUUAUGGAUACAAAUAGAUGCUCUCCUGAUGUUCCAGAUCUCCACAAUCAGGUUGACAAUGAGAUGCGAAUGAGUCCUAUGGGUGGCCCUUCUCCAGACAAACAACUACAAAUGUAUUUUCGGGGUUCAAGCCUUAACCCUCCUCAGCUCCAAAACGACCUCCUUCUCGGAUCCGAUGUCACUUACGUUGAAUACUAUCUGAAAUCCGCGGACCCCAACUUCUCCUUUGAAACCUAUCCUCUAAACAUCGUCAACAACCCAACAAGACCGAUUCCUAUCGGCUCCCUCGACCACCUCCGGGCAAUUUACCACGAAUUCAACAAGCUUUUUCCUCGACAAAACAUGGUAUUUCAGCUUCUCUACUAG